AGUUGAAAAUAUAUUCUCGAUAAUAGAAAAACAUUAAGUUAACAUAGGAGAUUUUUUUUGCAAUGUUAUGGAUCGAAUAAUUCUACUGCGGUCAUAUCGAAUGUAUAGCGUCAUUUGUUUUCGCAUUUAUUUAAGUACUAGCAGACGACGCGAGUGUUCCGAAGUUCAAAACUGAAAAUGAGUGAUUGUGGUGAUACGUCGUUAACAGAAUUACGCCACAGUUUAUUGAAUGUUGUUAAAGAACCUGUUGUAUUCGAUAAUAUGAUCAUAAAUUGGGAAAUAUUGUCUUGGGACAUGGAACAAUGGGCGAGUAAAUUAGGCGACAAGAAACUGCCAUUCAGAGUUGGAUUAAACAAAGCAACCCCACUACCGCAAUGGGAACAUAAAUGUCAACAGGAGAAACUGACUCUUUGUGAAUUUAUCAAAAUGUCCAACUUUAAUUAUACGGAGGCUCCAAAACAAUGUAAGAAAUGGUGGUACUUUGACUACAAGUACAUGCACGAAUGGUUUCAAGAGUAUCCAGAAAUAUUACAGACGGUGGACUGGGGAACCCUAGGAUUCCCGGAAUGUGGUGGUGCAGAGUCUACACUGUGGCUUGGCAGCAAAGGUGCACAUACACCGUGCCACAUAGAUGUGUACGGUUGCAAUCUCGUGGCACAGGUGCUAGGCAGGAAACAGUGGUACUUAUUUCCGCCAACUAUGAAUGAUGAAAUGUUGCCCACACGUAUCCCCUAUGAAGAGUCUAGUAUCUUCAGUAUGCACAACUUCUAUUGUCCGUCUGCUAAAAUCACACAAGAUUUAUCUGGAGUACGGGUAGUGACUCUAAAUCCUGGCCAAGUUCUCUUUGUUCCUCGACAUUGGUGGCACUACGUUGAGAAUCUUGACACAGCUAUCAGUAUUAACACAUGGAUACCACUGAAAGCUGAUGAUGAGGCUCGUGUAGAAGAAUCAUUAGUUCGUCUUAUAAUGGCCAUGGCAUGCAAGAGUACCACUGAUCCACAGUCUUUCCUGAAUCCUAAUGAGGUUGACUUGCCAGUCUCUCCACUUGAAGAUACUCUUCGGCUAGUGCAGAUAAGCUUGGAGAGGCACACACAGAAUGAAACCUCUGAAGGUGUGACCACAUCUGACACACACUCUACUGCUGAGAAGUUAGUGAACACUACAGAAAGCAAAGAAGAAAAAGAAGACAAAAGUAAAAUAUACUCUGCCAUAAGUAAAACGGCUUUGAAUAUUGUACCUACUUGCCCAGUAGCAGAUUUUCAGCAGUUGUUGCUUGAUAAAUGUAAAAACGUACCUUUUGAUAAAUCGGAAGCUGGGAAGAAUUGUCAAAGAACACUGUUAGAAGAGUGUCUAAAUGCAUUUUGCCACCCAACAGUCAUCACAGCAGUCAGGGAUGUACUUCUGAAAACAGAUAAACAGACAAAUUUAAGAUGACAGUAACUGACCUUCUCAUUAAUAUUUUUGUACAAGGCAACACAGUCAACCAUUUCCAAAACCCAUUCGGAGCAUAUUUUAUUUCCUUUUUUUUCUGGUCCAUGUAAUAGUUUCCUGCAGUUAAAUUUGUAUUUGGUGUUCCAUUAAUUGCAAUGAAUUAUGUAAUUGUGUAAAGAAUGUUUCAUUAAAUAAUAUGUACACUCAAUAGACACUUUAAAAUGCUUAAACAGAUUAGUGAAGAUGCAAUUUUACCACUUCAAAUUAGUUGUUAAUUAGCAGAUGCAGAGUCUGGUGCGUCUGUCAGAAAAAUGAGCAAUGAUUUCAGUGUGAUUUCAGUUGUAUAACUGUUUUGUUGUUUCUUUCUUCCUUUUUUUUAAGUACAUGUGUUUAGCA